AUGAGAGCAGAUUUGAUUACAAUACAGCAAACGCUGACGCCGGAAGCAGCGACUGUUCUUAACCAGUCGGUUGCGGAGGCGACACGUCGUAACCAUGGCCACACGACGCCGCUACACGUGGCGGCCACUCUCUUAUCUUCUUCCUCUGGUUUUCUCCGACAAGCUUGCAUCAAAUCCCACCCAAACUCUUCUCACCCACUCCAGUGUCGAGCUCUCGAGCUCUGUUUCAGCGUCGCUCUCGAGCGCCUCCCUACUACUUCUUCCUCUCCGUCGGAAACGCAGGAGCCUCUGCUCUCAAACGCUCUAACCGCGGCUCUGAAACGCGCUCAGGCUCAUCAGCGGCGUGGUUGUCCGGAGCAGCAACAGCAACCGCUUUUAGCCGUGAAAGUUGAGCUCGAGCAGCUUAUCAUAUCGAUACUUGAUGACCCGAGUGUGAGUCGGGUCAUGCGGGAAGCUAGCUUCUCCAGCCCCGCCGUGAAAUCAGCGAUCGAACAGUCGCUUUAUGGUAAUUCUGCUAAUUCGAGACAGUCCGGGUCACCCGGAAUCGUAAACCCGUCUGCAAUUGGGUUCGGUUAUCGACCCGUACCGACAUCGGUUAGCCGGAAUCCUUACCUUAAUCCCCGGUUACAACAACGUGGAGCCGGGCCGCAUAGUGGGCUGAUGCAGAGGACAGACGAAGCGAAACGGGUCAUGGAGAUAAUGAUCCGAACCCGGAAGAGAAACCCGGUUCUCGUCGGCGACUCGGAGCCUCAAAUUCUGGUGAAAGAGAUUCUAGGGAAGAUCGAGAGCGGCGAAUUCUCCGAUGGACCGCUUCGCAAUUCUCAGGUGAUCCGUUUGGAGGCGGAGUUAUAUUCGACCAAUAACGCACAAAUGGCGACUAGGUUUGUUGAAAUCUCCGGAUUAGUGGAGACUCGGAUCGGGAAUUCUGAUUCAACCGUUGUUCUCGAUCUCGGCGAUUUGAAAUGGUUAUCGGAAUAUCCGACGGCGAACGGCGGAGGAGGAGGAGCUGUGACGGAGAUGCGGAAGCUUUUAGAGAGAUACAAAGGAAGGUUGUGCUUCAUUGGUACGGCCACUUGUGAGACUUAUCUUCGUUGUCAAGUUUAUUACCCUUCAAUGGAGAACGACUGCGAUCUUCAAGCCAUUCCGAUCGCCGCGAAAUCGCCUCUUCCGUCGAUGUUCUCCAGGCUUGGGAGCAACAACAACAAUAACAACGCAAACGCUAUGUUAUUAAGCAGCAAUAUCACCCCAAUGGAAUCGAUAUCUCCGACGAGAAGCUUUCAAAUUCCGACGGGAAAAAUGAGCUGUUGCUCUCGGUGUCUGCAGAGUUACGAAAACGACGUCGCUAAGCUGGAAAAUUCCUCAACCGGAAAUAACCGGUCGGUCUUGCCACAGUGGUUGCAAAACGCUAGAGCUGACGAAAACAGUGACAAGAAACUUACAAAAGAUCAACAGAUUGUAGAACUGCAGAAGAAAUGGAACGACUUGUGUAUACGUUUACAUCCGAAUCCGUCUGUUGCUCCUCCUUCGUCGUUGCCAAGCUCAAGAUCGGAGAUAACUCCACCAGGGAGUCCGGUUGGCACAGAUUUGGUUCUCGGACGUCCCAACAGAGCUUUAACCUCACCGGAGAGGAAGACACGAGAAGCGCGUUUCGGAAAGCUAGGAGGAGACUCCUUCGAUAUCGAUCUAUUCAAAAAGCUACUAAAAGGCUUAGCAAAAAGCGUUUGGUGGCAGCACGACGCAGCGUCAUCAGUAGCAUCAGCGAUCACCGAAUGCAAACACGGAAACGGCAAAUCAAAGGGAGAUAUCUGGCUGAUGUUCACAGGUCCAGACAGAGCCGGGAAGAGCAAAAUGGCGUCUGCGUUGUCAGAUCUCGUCUCGGGAAGCCAGCCGAUAACGAUCAGCCUCGGCUCGACGAGAGACGACGAUGGUUUAAACCUCCGUGGUAAAACCGCGUUGGACCGGUUCGCGGAAGCGGUUAGGAGAAAUCCGUUUGCGGUUAUCGUGAUGGAAGACAUCGACGAGGCGGAUUUGUUGCUACGUAACAACGUGAAGCUAGCGAUGGAAAGAGGGAGAGUCUGCGAUUCGUAUGGGCGUGAGGUUAGUCUAGGGAAUGUCAUUAUCAUCCUCACGACGAAUUCGUCGAUUGGAAUAACGGAAAACGUCGUCGUUCCGAUCGACGAGAAGAGAUUAGAGUCUCUGGUGAGCAGAGGAUGGAAGAUAAAGCUCUCUGUUUGCAGCAGAACGCGAAAACGGAAACCGAAUUGGCUUUAUAGCGACGAUGAUGACGAGAAAACGAAGCAGAGGAAAGAGAUCUGUUUCGAUUUGAACGAAGCGGCGGAGUUCGAUUCGUCGAGCGAUGUAACGGUGGAGCACGAUCAGGAAGAUAAUGGCGGCUUUGUUCACAAGCUAGUGGGUUUAGCGGACGAUGCGAUACUCUUUAGACCGGUCGAUUUCGGUUCGAUCAAGAGCAGGACGGCGGAUUCGUUGAAGAAACGGUUCUCUAACGGUCUCGCGGAUGGAUUGACGGUGGAGAUUGAAGACGAUGCUUUGGAGAGAAUCGCCGGAGCGAUUUGGUUGAGUAAGAUUAGCUUAGAGGAGUGGGUUGAGGAAGCGAUGGGUUCGAGUUUGAGUAGCGUGAAAUCUCGAGUGUUUUCGUCGGAAGAUUCUGUGAUUCGAAUUGAGCUUGAAGAUGAUGUGAGUGAUCGAAUCUCCGGUGGAGGAUAUCUUCCGAGUAGUAUCAGAACGGUGGUCGUUUGA